AUGGACGAAACGUUAAUUGCCACUAUUAAUAAGUUGCAGGAUGCAUUGGCGCCUCUUGGAGGAGGGUCGUCGUCACCUGUUGACUUGCCCCAGAUCACCGUUGUAGGGUCGCAAUCAUCAGGUAAAUCAUCCGUUUUGGAAAACAUUGUUGGUCGAGAUUUUUUACCCAGAGGUACAGGAAUCGUUACUAGGAGACCGUUGGUGUUGCAGCUUACCAAUAGACGAGCCAGUGUAAAGAAGGAGGGCCAAAGGGACUUGGUUGACGUUAAUUCCAGUGAGAAUCGCGGUGGGCAGACAGAAAACAAUAUAGACGAAUGGGGGGAGUUUUUGCACUUGCCAGGCAAAAAGUUUUACAAUUUCGAAGAUAUCAGAAACGAGAUUGUUCGUGAGACUGAUGCGAAAACAGGAAAGAAUUUGGGGAUCUCGCACGUGCCCAUCAACUUGAGGAUCUAUUCUCCACAUGUAUUGACCUUGACGUUGGUUGAUUUGCCUGGUCUCACCAAGGUGCCUGUUGGCGAUCAGCCAAAGGACAUAGAGCGUCAGAUUAGAGAUAUGAUUAUGAAGUUCAUCUCGAAACCCAAUGCCAUCAUUCUCAGUGUGAAUGCGGCCAACACGGAUUUGGCCAACUCUGAUGGAUUGAAGUUGGCUAGAGAAGUGGAUCCAGAAGGGUCGAGGACUAUUGGUGUGUUGACAAAAGUGGACCUUAUGGACCAAGGCACGGAUGUGAUUGAUAUAUUAGCAGGAAGAGUGAUUCCCUUGAGGUUUGGAUAUGUUCCUGUUAUCAACAGAGGUCAAAAGGAUAUUGAAACAAAGAAAACUAUCAGACAAGCUUUACUUAAUGAACAAACCUUUUUCGAGAACCACCCUUCGUACCGAGCUAAAGCGCAGUUCUGUGGUACUCCCUACUUGGCCAAGAAGUUGAACGGGAUCUUGAUGCACCAUAUCAAGAGCACAUUGCCCGAGAUCAAGAUGAGAAUCGACCAUUCGUUGAAAAAGUACCAGGCCGACUUGAGCAUGCUAGGACCCGAGAUGUCCGAGUCGCCUGCAUCGAUUGCGUUGAGCAUGAUCACAAGCUUUACAAAGGACUAUAAUGGCAUUUUGGACGGUGAGUCGAAGGAGUUGACGUCGCAGGAGUUGACUGGAGGUGCUCGUAUAUCAUUUGUGUUUCAUGAGAUCUUCAAGAACGGGAUCAAUGCUUUGGAUCCGUAUGAUCAGAUCAAGGAUGCAGAUAUCAGAACCAUUUUACACAAUACGUCAGGGUCAGCACCCUCUCUCUUUGUAGGCACAUCUGCAUUCACAGUCUUGGUGAAACAGCAAAUCAAGAGGAUGGAGGAACCCUCCAUUCGAUGCAUCAACUUGAUCUUUGAUGAAUUGGUUCGGAUCUUGUCGCAGAUUCUCAACAAGCCGCAGUACACAAGGUACCCAGCCUUAAAGGAGCACUUGUCCAACCACUUUAUCCAGUAUUUGAGAGAGGUGCUUGUUCCUACUACAGAGUUUGUGUCGGAUAUUAUAAAGUCCGAAGAAACAUAUGUCAACACUGCACACCCGGACUUGUUAACCGGUACACAGGCCAUGGCGUAUGUGGAGGAGAAGUUCCAUCCAAGACCGCAAGUUGCAGUGGACCCAAAGACCGGGAAACCAUUACCUCAGCAACAACCACAACCACAACCACAACUACAGCAGCACCAGCUGCAACACUCAUUAUCUAACUCCAAUGAAGCCAAUAAUGGAUUUUUUGGUGGGUUUUUCUCUUCAAAGAAUAAAAAGAGAUUGCAGCAGAUGGAAGCGCCGCCUCCAGUGUUGAGGGCAACUGGAACCAUGACCGAAAGAGAAACCAUGGAGACGGAAGUGAUCAAAUUGUUGAUCUCAUCAUACUACAAUAUAGUUAAGAGAACAGUUGCCGAUGUUGUUCCCAAGGCAAUUAUGUUAAAGUUGAUCAACAAGUCCAAAGACGAGAUUCAGAAGGAGUUGUUGGAGAAGAUGUAUAACAGUCCCGAGUUGCCAGAAUUGGUAAAGGAGAACGAGCUAACUGUGCAAAAGAGAAAAGAGUGUAUAAGAAUGGUGGAGGUGUUGAGAAAUGCUAGUGAGAUUGUCUCUGCCGUGUAA